ACACUAUCACACCGCAAAACACGCCCAAAGUUUUGAGGAAAAGGGGAUUUCCCUCUUUAAUCUCUAUAUGAUCACGUCUGUAAUUCUACCAGACCACAAAUCAACUCGAUAAUGGCGUCAUUUUGUUCAAAGUUGUUGAGUUGGUUCCACAUUGGUUUGAUACUUGGUGGCUUCUGUUCUGCUGGCGACCCAUUUGUGAAUUACGAACUCGAGUUCUCUUACAUCACUGCUUCUCCACUUGGCGUUCCCCAGCAGGUCAUAGCAGUGAACGGGGAGUUUCCAGGUCCAACCCUAAAUGUUACUACCAAUUACAAUGUCGUCGUCAACGUCAAGAACAAAUUAGACGAAAGCCUCCUCAUUACAUGGCCUGGAAUAGAAAUGCGUCGAUCUUCUUGGCAAGAUGGAGUUCUGGGCACUAAUUGUCCCAUUCCUCCAAAUUGGAACUGGACAUACCGAUUUCAAGUCAAGGAUCAAAUCGGUAGCUACUAUUAUGCUCCAAGUACUGAUUUCCAAACAGCAGCAGGUGGAUUCGGUGGUUUUGUUAUCACAAAUCGCAAAAUUAUACAACUCCCUUUUAAUACCCCCGAUGGAGAUAUUAUCAUCACCAUUGGUGAUUGGUACACCAGAAACCACUCGGCACUCAGAGCUACUCUUGAUGCUGGAAAAAACCUUGGUAUUCCAGAUGGAGUCCUCAUCAAUGGAAACGGACCUUUUAAAUACAAUUCCACUGUUCCCGAUGGCAUUAACCACACCACAAUUAAUGUUGAUCAAGGAGUCGCUAUUUUGCAUUAUUCAAAUUCUCAAGGCCAAGCAUCCGGCCCUCUACCCAAUCCUCCAAACGAAGAUUCUGAGUAUUCGUUCGCGUUAAAUCAAGCACUUUCCAUCAGGAUGAAUAAUACGGCUAGUGGGGCCCGGCCAAACCCGCAGGGUUCGUUUCAUUACGGGUCGAUUAAUGUAACGGAUACGUAUAUGUUACGAAGUGUUGAGCCGAUGAUGAUUGAUGGGAAAAUUCGUGCUUCUUUUAACGGGAUUUCGUUUGGGAAUCUUGAUACACCGGUGAGGCUUGCAGAUGAUCAUCAUGUGAAGGGUGUUUACAAACUUGAUUUUCCGAAAAUACCCUUAAACGGACCUCCACGGGUGGGAAGAUCCAUCAUCAAUGCUACGUAUAAAGGGUUUGUGGAAAUCAUAUUGGAGAACAAUGAUACUGUAGUUCAGAGCUUUCAUAUGGAUGGUUUUUCCUUUUUUGUUGUCGGAAUGGCUUAUGGGAAUUGGACAGAAAACAGCAGGGGUUCUUAUAAUCGAUGGGAUGCUAUUUCACGCUCUACAAUCCAGGUUUUUCCGGGAGGAUGGACUGCGAUAUAUGUUUAUCUUGAUAAUGUGGGAGCUUGGAAUCUUAGAACAAUGAAUCUUGAUAGAUGGUAUUUAGGUCAAGAAACUUAUAUCAGAAUCAUAAAUCCAGAAGAUCAUCACCAGAAAACCGAAUUACCUGUGCCUGAUAAUGCAUUGUUUUGUGGUGACCUUGGACACUUGCAAAAGCCUCAAAGAACAUUGUCUACGGCAGGAUCAAACAUCCAAGAACCAGCAAAGUCAACUUUUUUGUUGUUGAUCAUGGGAUUUUCAGCUGUUGUUUAUAUGAUUAUAUGAUUUAAGACUGUUUAGGUUUUGUUCACAGCUGUUGUUUAUAUGAUUAUAUGAUUUAAGAAUGUUUAGGUUUUGUUCAAAAUGUAGAUUUUUCAGGUUAUUAGAAUGGUAGUGGUACUGCAGUCCCAAGAGAGGUGGUCUUAUUUCUUUAUUUGUUGAAUGCUAUAUUAGCAGGAUGAAAAUAUUUUUUUAUUGACACAUCUUGAAUAUUGUUUUGGUUGAA